AUGGGAAUCAUCCUCAAAUACGAUGCUGAGAAGAUGCUUUCUAUGAUGAAUAAGCUACUUGAAGUUGAACUAUGGAAAUAUGUAAACAGAGAUGCUAAAUUAACACUUCCGGUAUUUUCAGAACCUUUAAUAAUACAUAUGCUAGAUAACAUUAAGGAUAUUUUUUCAAAAGAAUCAAUCAUAUUGCACGUGCAAACCCCUAUUAACGUCAUUGGUGAUCUUCAUGGCAAUUUAUUAGAUCUCUUAACCAUUUUGAAUAAUUUCGGCAAACCACCGCACAGUCGUUACCUUUUUCUUGGCGAUUUAAUAGAUCGAGGCGAAUUUUCUAUUGACACUAUAGUUUAUAUUUAUUUAUUGAAAAUUUGUUAUCCAAAUGAUGUUUUUAUCAUUCGAGGGAAUCACGAGCAUCACAGUGUAUGUCUUAGGUUCGGAUUUAGAACCGAGAUCAGGAAUAGAUACGGAUCAAACAAUCUUUUUCCAUAUUUUGUCAGGGCAUUUGAUCAAACUCCACUUUGCGCUUUAAUUGAUUCACAUAUUUUAUGCCUUCAUGGUGGAAUUGGACCUAAUUCUAAGACCUUAAAAGAUAUUGCAUCUGUUGAAAGACCUCUUCAUAAAUUUGAUGAAACGAGUCCAGCUUACGACUUACUAUGGUCCGAUCCAUGCGAUACUGCCGAAACGUUUAUGGAAUCUCCACGAGGCUUUGGUUUUCUUUUUGGUCCUAAUCAUUUAUCAAGGUUUCUUAAAAGAAACAAAAUUUCUUUAAUAAUACGCGGCCAUGAAGUUGCAAUGAGUGGUAUAUACUAUGGCUUUGAUGGCAAAAUUAUUACUGUAUUUAGUGCUUCAAAUUAUUGCAAUAUGUCAAAUUACGGGGGCAUUUUGAGAUUAGAGCAAAAUAACAAAAUACUUUCGUAUAAUCACAAACCAUAUGAUACACAAAUUUCUCGACAGGAUGCUGAAUACAAAAAUGUCGGGCCAAUUCCCACAAUUUCGGAAUCUCCACCAUUGCCACUACCAAAAGUCAGAAGAAAAGCAUACAGUGCAACCGGAGAUUCCAUUAGAUCUGGAAUCAAAGCCAACCAUGUUGAAGAUUUUCCUGAAUCUGCCGCAGACUUAGUUUCUUCUCUUCAAGUAGCCAAAACACCAAGGCGAAGACCAAUUUUACCUACGCCUAAUGCAUCUAAAUCCGUUAUAAGCGACUCUGUUGUUCAACAGACUCCAUCCGUUAUUGAUAACAUUGCAGAGCCAAUUAAAUAUAGGCAAAAACCAAUAAAGAGCUUAAAAAGAUCCAAAAGCGUAAAAGGUCGAAAGCGUCGCAUUAAGAAAAAUUCUGUUAGAAGCUCUUCUCCUCAACCAGUCGCUUCAAAUGAAGUUGCAGAUGCUUUAAUAUCAGCGCAAAUUAAAGCAACACCAAAAAAGAAGAAAAUUAGAACUAGGAAAAAUGCAAAGAAACUAUUAAAUGAAGAAAAAGUAUAG